GAUGGAAACUACAUGCUACGUCUAGAGUUCAUAGUUUACCGAUGAUUGUAGAUUUUAGAAUAAUUAAACAUCUGUUUUAACGACAUUCAACAUCAAAUAAUUGAAGCACUUAAUUAAUCUUAAUAGAAAAAUAGUUGUGAGAUAAAAUAAUUGGAUUUAAUCGAUUGUCAUUUGGGCUGAGGUUUUAGUUUAGUUCUGAUGAUUAUUUCAAAGAAUUAUUAUGGAAAAUUGUUUCUCGCCUUCGCUCGAGGGGGAUAAUAUAAUAUUUUGAAGUUUUAUUCAACGUCGGUACACGUACACCCGAGGGGGACCGGAUGUCGGACGGUGCAGUGAUUCGAUUGAUUCGUUCAAGAGUGUCCGUGGCUACUACCGAACUUCCGAGUGCCGCUCUACGUACCCGCGCGUUUACCGCUCGUGAGCGCGCACGCUCAAUUGGAAUGCAGUUAAUCCCUUGUGGAAUGAUUUCCAAGGGAGGAGAGUAAAUAUAUUCUUGUGUUGUUGUUGAAAAGGUGAUUAAUCGAGGGGUGGAGAGAUACGGGAUCUCAAGAGUUGAAAAUUUAUUCGUCGCUCUGGGCUAGACAGAAAGAGAUAACAGAAAUUUGUCCCAUAUUCCAGCGGCAUCCUGGCGAGCACUGUCGGAUGCACUGGGCCAUCAGCAGGAAUUGAUCCUGCCUCAGGUUCAUGAGCUUACACUUCUCACGAUGAUGGUGAAGGGCAUGAGAGUGAUGAGGGCAACAUGUUACCUGGCAACACCAGGUAACAACGGCUGACAUCUCCGUCAUCAGCGAGGGGCAGACCGAGAGACGCGUAAACAUGUGAUUAUGAAAAUCCCCGAGUUAACAAACUUGAUAAUUCACGUGACAUUAUUAACGCGAAUGAAUAGUGAAGUAUUUCUGAUCCACUGGGACAAGGAAACAGGGUGAAUUGUACGUAAUUACCUAAACAAACAUUUUUUUAAAAUUAAUUAAAACGUGUGAAACUGCCGGAUAUUCCCAAGUGUCAGUGAACGAAACACUCUGUCAUCUGUGUUAUUUAAAUCACUCGUACAGUGAUGUUAUUGUCCGUAAUUAAUUAAUCGUUGAUUAAUUCAAUAAUGCUGUUUCUGAAAGUGUUGAGACAAUUUAUGAUGAACUAAUCGUUGGUGCAGAUUGUUGGAUUAAAUAAAUAAGUGAUUGGUGGGAGGUCAAUAGUAUUGGAGGUAUUAUUGGAGAUAAAUCAGUGUGUCGUGAAUAAGGGGUGAUAAUGAAUGGACGGACAUGCCGUCUGACCUGGUGAACAAAUCAGGCGAACAGUACGUCAUUGACGUUGGUUUCAAACCGGGAGAAUCUUGCACUCUCCCACUGGAACAAUGAGCUCCAUAGACUUUGAUGAGGUGCUGGUACAUGUGGGGGAGAAGGGAAGAUAUCAGAAUAUUAUGUAUUAUCUGCUGUGCAUACCAGCCACUCUGCCGGCAGCUUUUCUCGCCUUCUCGCAGGUAUUCGUCAGCGCGUCACCCGAGCACUGGUGCAGAAUACCAGAGCUAGAGAACGUAACGAAUCUUCUGAGUCUCCAAGCGAGAAAAGAACUCUCUCUACCUUACGAAUACAAGUCUGACGGUAGACGUCAGUUCUCUAGGUGCUACAUGUACGAUGUCAACUACACAGCCAUCCUCGAGGACUGGCUGAGGCAUGUGAAUACGGAGGUUAAUGCCACGGGUUCAUUAACAACGAGUCUACCAUCACCACCAGUGAGCGACACAGACUGGCCGAAAACCAAGUGUCUUCAUGGGUGGAUUUACGAUAAGAGGGACUACGAGAGCACACUCGUUACCGAGCUAGACCUCGUAUGCGACAACAGUUGGUUGCCAUCCACAUCGACAACAUUUUUCUACGUAGGAAGUCUAUUCGGUAACAUAAUUUUCGGAUGGAUUGCCGACAAGUGGGGACGACGAACGGCAUUCUUCUCAAUUCUCUUCUUGGAGGUGAUAUUCGCAAUAGCAACGAGCUUCAGUCCAAAUUAUACCGUGUACACAGCCCUAAGGACCAUCAAUGGCCUAUUCUUCCCCGCCAUUUAUCAAAUUCCAUUCAUACUAGCACUUGAAUUAAUGGGUCCUAGGUACAGAACAUUCGCUGGAAUGGGAAUAAGCAUGUUCUUUGCCACCGCCAUGUGUCUGCUCGCACUCCUAGGGUACCUGCUGAGGCAUUGGUACACCCUUUCGUUAGCCACAUCCGUACCAUUUGUACUGCUGUUCAGCUACUGGUGGAUCAUCCCCGAGAGCCCCAGGUGGUUGUUGAGUAAAAAUAGGAUAGACGAGGCUGAAGUUAUUGUACAGCAUAUGGCUAGGGUCAAUGGCAAAACUGUGCCGACGAAUUUUCUGAGGAAAAUGGAGAUGGAGAUUCUGAAGAGACAAGGAGUCUCCUGUAACGGCAGAAAUUCUGGAAAUAUCCUGGCACCUGGAGAAACGGAGGACAGACCCCCUCCGCCCUCAGCAACUCCCAUGGACAUAAUAACAAAUCCGAAUAUACGAAAGAAGUUCAUCAUCCUUGCAUUCGACUGGGUGGCAAAUGCUGUUGUGUACAAUGGAUUAUCGUACAACACAACGAACCUCGGUGUAUCCGAUUACCUUGCCUUCUUCAUAGGAGGCAUUGUGGAGAUACCGUCCUAUGUUAUAACAUGGUACGCCAUGGACAGACUGGGAAGAAGAUGGGUACUUUGUUUGACAAUGCUGCUGGGUGGUGUUGCUUGUGUUUCUUGUAUGUUUGUACCUGAAGAUGCAGUUUGGGUAACUGUUUCCCUCGCAAUGAUCGGUAAAUUCGGUAUAGCCGCAUCGUUCGCUGUAUUUUACGUAUUCGUUGGUGAGUUAUUGCCAACGGUGUUGAGGUCCCAGGCAAUGGGAAUAGCCUCGUUCAUCGCCGGAAUCGGCCUACUGACAUUCCCAUACAUCGUUAACCUAGCGGUUUACUCCAGAGUAUUACCAUUGAUUGUGAUGGGCACACUCAGUGUUGCAGGUGCACUAACGUCAAUUUUUUUACCAGAGACACUCAAUAUACAUCUGCCACAGACUAUCGAGGAGGGAGAGAUGUUUGGAGCUGAUUUCAAGCUCUGGUCUUGUCCAACUCUUCCAGAACGUACAAAAACAAAAACCCGCAGACGAGAGUCACUUCCCCUGAGAUACCUCGUUAACGGACGCCCCGGUAGUCGCACAGGGUCCAGUGUCAAGACUACAUUGGCCGAGUCAACGACACAAGAAAAUAUCGAUCAACUGGGACGACUGUUGCCCCCUGCAAGCGAAGAAGUGACAGAAAACUUAAGUGUCACAAAAGACACUGACGAAAUCGCGGGAAAGGGGGAGGGACAAAAGAGAAUUCACAGUGCUGAAGUUUUUGUUGAUCUGCGCGGAAGAAAAUGACCCUCACCCUUCAAAAAACUCAACAGAAAACAUGAGACACGGAUAAAUCGACGAACUUUUGUCUAAUUGAUGAAGAAAAAAAACCAUAAUGACUUUGUAUUAUACUGUCAGUAUAGGAACGCAUUGUAUUUAUUUUUUUCCAUUCAUUAUAAUGUACUUCCUUUCUAAAGUCUGGCUUGUGUCAUAAAGUU